CUUACUACUACGUACUCCGUUAUCUCUCUCGUUUCCCUAUGAAUAUCAAUGCGGGGGACUUUCUUCUACCAAGCCAACUCCUGUAUUGUGGACCUUUAACGUACGCCCCAGCCAUAUAUACUACUACCGUGAAGUCUGUUCGUACGGAAAAGAAGAACCGGCCGCCUCCACUUAACUGUAUUGUUAUAUGAACCCAUUAUUAGAAGGCACAAGUCCGGAUCAUUGAUCGAUCAAGGCAUGCUCAUAUUGUGUUGCCUUUUCUCAACGUUGCUCUCGACAAUAGAGUGACAGCAUAGGCGAAAGCAAUUUCCCGGCCACACUUUCCGCAUUGUCACUCCUUUUACAGCUUACUCACACUAAGAAUGAAUCUCAAUCUGAAUAUGAAUAUGAAUAUGAAUGGUUCUCAGGCUCGUGAGGGGCGAGAUAGCCCUCAACCAGGACCAUUUGGCUAUUCGUUUCUUUCCCCCAUGGAUACUCCUUACGAACCUGCGCCUGCACCUCCUCCCGGGCCAGCUCUUCUUGAUGAUAAUGAGUCUAAUAUGCUUGAUAAUUUCUUCACGACAAUGAAUUCCAACCAUUUCACGACCGAUUUCUGGCAACACCGUCACCAAAAUAAGUCACUCGGGCCGACAAGCUUCGAGUGGUCAGAUGAACUCCCUCCAACAUUUGAAGGAUCUGCAACCUCUCUUUCACAACCCUCACUACCUCAUCGCGGCCUAGAUAAAUCCGGUAUGGGCGUUUUGCCAAAUCACUCGAACUCCGAUAUCCUUUCGACUGCUUCCAUGUUCUAUCAAAACGGCAUGAAUGGGACUGGAUUAGUUCCACCUUUCCCACAUCAUUCAUUUUCCUCUUUCCCGGAGAUAGAUUUCAACAACUCUAGGAUGAAUGGUCGCAUGAAGAACCAACCACCACCACCGUCACUACCCAUGUCUUCCAAACCGCAGAACACAUUUGUUAGCGCCCGGACACCGGUUGGUUAUCACACGUCGGAAAUGCUGUUCGAUGUACAUGAGCCAAUAUCACCAGAGCAACAAGCCACCGCUAAGGUCCGGCCCCUUCAUUGGGGGUCCGAUGUCAGCUUCAUGGAUCAAGGAUAUGUGGCGCCGCCUGAUCAGCCAAAUGUGGAGGAACAGACGCAGCAGCUGCUUCGCCAUCUAGAGUCUCUUGAGCCCCAGAGUAGUGCGGCCAAUACUCGCGCACCUAGCCCGGAACGAAUCACUGGUAGCCAUAAUGCCCAUUGGGCGGGACCCGACACGACUGGGCCACUCAACGAUCUACGCAGGGAAUACAGGGAUAGCAUGGAAGAUCUAUCGCAGCCUAAAAAACGGCAAAGAACAUUGAUCAAGGAGGAAGACGACGAGAACUCUGAGGGAGAUGACUCGAAACCAAGAUCAAGGAGAUCCAAGAGUACGAGCUAUGGUAAGAAUCGGCGGAUGUCAACCGAGACUAUACGGAAAUCGAAACUUCAGCAGGGUGCAAAGCCCGCAAGGGAGAAUCUUACGGAAGAACAAAAGAGGAACAAUCACAUCUUGUCUGAGCAAAAGCGCCGAAAUUUGAUUAGGCAGGGCUUUGAUGAUCUGUGCACACUUGUACCGGGGUUGAAAGGGGGUGGCUUCAGCAAAAGUGCUAUGCUCACGCAAGCUGCAGACUGGCUAGAGGAUAUACUCCGUGGAAAUGAGAUUUUAAAGGCACAGCUCGCAGACUUGAAAACCAUGAAUGGCUUGGUUAUGCCUCGAUAAUGCGUAUGCUACUCAUGCGAUUAUGACGUUUCUUUUCAUUCUCUUUUUCUCUCUCCCCUAACCUGUCAAGCACACUCUCUUGUCCGAAUUCCUUGAGUUUAAGCGAUUAGCGAGUUAGGUGGAUGCACAUUGUGGAGGUUUGAUUCACGGGGCGUUCAUUUUUUGGUGGUCAUGAUUUGAUUCACGAUACUCCAUAUUCCUAAGAUAUCUGUGCUGUGCCUUCUUCGUUCCCUGUUUUUUUUUUUUUUUAAGCUUUUCUCGACGCUGCUACGAUGUGCUUUGUGCCUUAUAAUACCCUUGGUCGCCCAGACCGAACAGCCUGUUCUGCGUCUUGUAUACAUAAUAGGUAGCUGAUAUAUAUUCAGCCAUAGAGGAUGCAUGCCCCUCACAUUCAGGCAUGAGAAUGAAAUAUGUAUUUGUAUAUAUAACAUAUUAAAGGCUAUUGGCCACGCAUGAUUGUUAAGCCUUUUUUUCUUAGUUUUUCCUCACUAUAAAGUUUAAACAAGCUUGACUUCAUAGUUAUAUGGGAGAGGGUUUGCAUCGAACACAAAGAAACGAAAAA